CGCUUUCUCUGUUUCAAACCCUCAAACUAACAAAAAAAAACCAAAAAGAAACUCAUCCAAUUUUUAUUUUUCCAUUAAAUUCCAGACGAUAUGAGAAAUAUAAUCUCAGCCUCAUCGCCGGUAUAUUCACCGGAGCCGCCAGCAGUAUCACCGCGGACGCCCUGGCACUCUCCGGUGCCGUACUUGUUCGGGGGACUGGCAGCGAUGCUGGGUCUAAUCGCGUUCGCGCUGCUGAUUCUGGCUUGCUCCUACUGGAAGCUGUCCAUCCAAACGGAAGAAAGAGAGGGAGAGAACGGAGAUUUGGAGAGCGGAAACAAUAUCGGGGAAAUGGAGGAAGAGAAGAUUAAGCAACAGCAAACGAAGAAGAUUUUUGAAGAGAAGAUUUUGGUGAUUAUGGCCGGAGACCAAAAUCCCACUUUCUUGGCGACGCCGGUGACCACUCCCAAAUCCUCUUCCAUUUCCCAGAACUCUAAGAAUGUUUGUUCGGGAAAGUUUGAUAAUUUUGUUGAGAAAAAUGAGGUGGGUUGUAAUUGUGAGGAAAAGUAAAGAAAUGGGUCACCAUCAAAAUCAAGAACAACAACAACAUCAAGAACAACAACAACAUCAAGAAGCUGAGUGCUCUACCAAUAAUCCUCUUCUUCUUCUUCUUCUUCUUCUUCUUCUUCUUCUUCUUCUUCUUCUUCUUCUUCUUCUUCUUCUUCUUCUUCUUCUUCUUCUUCUUCUUUCUUCUUCUUCUUCUUCUUCUUCUUCUUCUUCUUCUUCUUCUUCUUCUUCUUCUUCUUCUUCUUCUUCUUCUUCUUCUUCUUCUUCUUCUUCUUCUUCUUCUUCUUCUUCUUCUUCUUCUUCUUCUUCUUCUUCUUCUUCUUCUUCUUCUUCUUCUUCUUCUUCUUCUUCUUCUUCUUCUUCUUCUUUCUUCUUCUUCUUCUUCUUCUUCUUCUUCUUCUUCUUCUUCUUCUUCUUCUUCUUCUUCUUCUUCUUCUUCUUCUUCUUCUUCUUCUUCUUCUUUCUUCUUCUUCUUCUUUUCUUUUUGGUUGUUUUUUAUAAACCAAAUUUUCCAAUUUUGGAUAUGGAUGAAUGUUUCUAUGUAAUUUUGUUUUAGAUGUAACGAGAAAUGUAAAUUAAAAUUUUGGAGAGAUAAAAUGGAGAGUUAUGAGAUAAUGAUAAUAAUAUUUGCGAGUGAGUUUUGUUUAAAAAUGAAAACUUUCAUUUCCCAACCCUUUGUGUGUGUAAAAUUUAUGAGAAUGUAAAAAAGAAAAAGAAAAAAGCUUUUUCCAUUUCACACUUUUUUCUUUU